GAGAGCAGCGCGCGGCGCUCGCGCAUGCGCAGCGGCCGGCAGUGGCGCGUCGCCGGGAUGGAGUCGGCGCUGGAGGAGCUGAUGCCGCGGUUGCUGCCCGUGGGCGACUGUGACCUGCCCGAGGACUUCGACCCCACGGUGCCUCCCCGGACACCGCAGGAGUAUCUCCGGCGUGUGCAGCUCGAAGCAGCUCAAUGCCCAGAUGUGGUUGUGGCACAAAUAGACCCCAAAAAAUUGAGGAAGAAACAGACAGUAAGCAUUUCAAUUUCUGGAUGUCAGCCUGCUCCUGAAGGAUACUCUCCAUCUCUCAAAUGGCAACAGCAGCAAGUGGCCAAUUUCUCAGCUGUUCGUCAGAAUGUGAACAAGCACAGAAAUCACUGGCGGUCGCAACAUUUGGACAGCAAUGUUACUAUGCCAAAAUCAGAGGAUGAAGAAGGCUGGAAAAAGUUUUGCCUGGGUGAAAGAUUAUACUCAGAAAUAGAUACAUUAUCUGAUAAUGAAAAUCUAGGAAUUGAUUAUAUAAAGAUGGGGUUUCCUCCUUUGCUAAGUAUUGUAAGCAGAAUGAAUCAGGCAACAGUAACCAGUGUCUUGGAGUACCUGAUAAACUGGUUUGGAGAGAAAAAAUUUACUCCAGAACUGGGUAGAUGGCUUUAUGCACUGUUGGCAUGCCUUGAAAAACCUUUGCUACCUGAAGCACAUUCACUUAUUCGACAACUGGCAAGACGAUGCUCUGAAGUUAGAGUACUAGAGGAGAACAGGAAUGAAGAACAAAUAUCAGCUUUGAACUUGAUGAUCUGCUUAGUUAGCAGGUACUUCGAUCAACGCGAUUUGGCUGAUGAGCCCUCCUAGAUUGUUUUGGGAACACCACCUUUGUG